AUGGGCAAAAAGAGUAAAUCAAAAAUUCCCAGAGAGAAGCAAGAUAGUACAGCUGCUGUAGAAGAGGAAAAACUCUCAUCUUCGGCCAAGAAAUUGUUGAAUCAUUGGUUGAGAUCAGUUCAGGAACACUUGGAGAGCAAUGAGGGUGAUCCUGAGCUACUUGUUUACAUUCUGUGA